CACCCUCAUUUCCGGUGCCCGUUGGAGCGCUGCCAUACAAUCAGCGGGAAGAGUUACGUCAACAUAGACAUUAAAAUAGACACAGAAAAGAAUAUAAAAUGUAGAGUAGCGUCUCCAGGUCUGUAGAUGCAAACAAUCUGGCAGCUGCUCUACCCCGAAACUUCUAUGGUGCCCUGCCCUGUUUAUUUACAUGGGCUGUUCACCUUCACAGCGAGCCGGAAGUGUCUCUAUGGUUACGGCGAAUCUGUGCCCCCCCCCUUAAAGAGAGGAGAGGAGCUCGCCGGAAAUGGCGGUUGUCCGCCUCGAAGGGGCGGGGCUUCUGCUGGGAGUCAAAGAUCUGGAGGCCUUGGAAGCAAAACAUCACAAACAGGGUUAUGAGGAAUUCUAAAUACAAGUGCGGAACACAAAAAGUCAACACCAAAUAUGGAGGACGAGUCUUUUUUCAAAGGAAGAUGGAGGCUGGUGGAGGAGCUGGCUCCAGCAAAGCAUUCAGACUGUCAAAGAGAAGUCCACAGAGGCCUUGGAGUUCAUGAAACGGGACCUGACAGAGUUCACACAAGUGGUACAGCAUGACACGGCUUGCACCAUUGCUGCCACCGCCAGCGUGGUCAAGGAGAAGCUGGCUACGGAGAGUUCUUCAGGAGCCACAGAGAAAGUGCGGAAAGGCCUCUCCAACUUCUUGGGCGUCAUCUCAGACACGUUUGCACCUUCACCAGAUAAGACGAUCGACUGUGACGUCAUCACGCUGAUGGCGACCCCUUCUGGGACCACGGAGUUGUACAACAGUGCCAAGGCCCGCCUGUACAGCCUGCAGUCUGACCCAGCCACUUACUGCAAUGAACCAGACGGACCCGCUGAGCUCUUUGAAGCCUGGCUAUCACGCUUCAGCCUAGAGGAGAAGAAAGGGGAGAUCUCAGAGCUGCUUGUGAACAGCCCUUCCAUCCGCGCUCUCUACUCCAAGAUGGUGCCAGUGGCCGUCUCCCACUCUGAAUUCUGGCAGCGCUACUUCUAUAAACUCCAUCAGCUGGAGCAGGAGGAGUUGCGGAGGGACGCUCUGAAGCAGAGGGCAGAGCAAAGCGUUCACUCUGAAGAGCCGUGCUGGGAGGAGGAAGAGGAGGAAUUUCUUGGGUCCUCAGCUCCACAGUCCCGUGUCUGCUUGCCGUCUUCACAAGAGUUGAAGCCAGCCUCCCCCGUCUCCACCUCAGCAGUCACUCCGAACCUGGAAGCAUCUGUGGAGAGCUGGGCGAUGCUCAGCACCACCCCCACGGAGGCCAUCCCGUCCGAAAGCAGCGACAGCGUUUCCCUGGUGACUCAGAUUGCAACCCCCAGUGCCGUGCCUGCCACCCCCUUACAGACUGGAGCCCAGCUCUCUGGGACCGAGAACCUCUCUCAGAGGCUGCAGGAAGCUACUGCGGAAGAGCAGGUCUCCUUGCCAAAGCCAGCGGAGCCUGCCCAGUCUUCCCUGACUCCUCGGGAGGCCAAGCCUUCUCCAGAGUUGCCCAAGGAGCAAGCGGAAAGCAAGCCGGCCAGCCGGACAGAGACCCUGCGCGAGGACGGGCCGAUGGAUUUGCGAGUCUUUGAGCUCAACUCAGACAGCGGGAAGUCCACUCCCUCUAACAAUGGGAAGAAAGGCUCGAGCACAGAUAUUAGCGAAGACUGGGAGAAGGAUUUUGACCUGGACAUGACCGAAGAAGAAGUGCAGCUGGCACUCUCCAAGGUGGACGUCUCUGGGGAGCUGGAAGAUGAAGAAUGGGAGGACUGGGAAUAGCGAGGCCGCCACUCCCCGCCGUGCUGUGCUCUCGCCUCGGCCUCCCUCGCCCUUCCUCUGCACCAUCCAAUGUGAAUUAAAUCACAGAGCAACCAGUCCCUUUUCCUGUGUAAAUGUGUUCCAGGCUGGCUGGCUGCAUCUCAUCUCUGCUAAAAAUCCCACGGGGGGCCUUGGACCGCAGCACGCACUCGGCUCCUGAUGGUGACUGGUAUUGCGCAAGGGGCUGCCCAAGAGCAGUGGGGGCGGGGAGAAGGGGGCACAGUGCUAGGGGCAUCUUUCCAGUAGGCGGUCUCUCUCCCCGCUCCCCCCAGACGAAUAAUACUCUCAGAACUGCCCCACUGUGGAUUUUAGUUUUCCUCCCCCCCCCGUUCCCCCCCCCCCCCGGCUUGAGGUGGAUGGUGGUUGAUGGUGGUUUGGGGUGGGGGUGUGGGGAGCCAUCUCUGGGUUUGACUGGAUUCUAGAAGAUAGGAUUGUUCUGCCCGUGUCUCUAGGCUGGCAGCUUGCUCAUUACGUCUCCUUCCGCAUGACUCUUUCCUGAAAUCCAGCAAGCUUUUAGGGAGUUCAUAGGGCCUGUUUGCUUACCACUGUGAAUCCUAACUUGGUCUUAAGGAGGGAAACCGUAUAGCAUGGCCCCUCCCUGUUCACAACCUAACCUCCCCAGCCUUUGAACAGCUGGUUGGGAGGGGCACAGCUCCCUCCCCUCGGGCGCUUUACUGCAGCUGGCCCUCUCCUGGGACUCCAAGCACUUUCUCUUCUCAGAAUUCUUCUUUAGGGACACACCUUGGUGGGAAUGUAUCUUGCACAGGCCCUGAUGAAACAAAGCGGGGUUGCACAAGAGAAGUUCCUCCUGGGUUGUGCUGCUAGAGACCCUUCCAAGAGAGCCCAUUUCAAAGGGUUGGGUAUACCUGGCAAUUUGGGCUUCUUGGAGCAGUGGGGGUGGGUCUGCAUUGAAGGGUCAGCAUUUGCCAAAGCCUCCCGCCCCUCUUCCUUCUCCUUGUGCUGAUGGUCUCCAGUAGCCCCCAUUGCCUCCAGGCAUUUGUCUGUGAGAGCUCUCUGGGAGCCCUUCCUCUUGGCAAUGGAUCUUGUCUGUACUCCAGGUAUGCUGAGAGCAGCCAGCUUGACUGCUCACAUCGGAUUUGGAAUGUCAACAAGGCUGUGCUCCUUUUUGGACCUUCUGUAGGCACUGUUACUUUGGCUGUGGUAGAGGGCGCUGGGGAAAGCAGUGGUGCCCCCUUUCCUUUUGACUUGCAUCAGAAUUGGCCCUUGCAAAGUUGCUGUUAAUUCAAACCGUCAAUAACUGCCUGUGUCUCUGUGCUCAGAAGAACUGAUUUAGCCCUCUUUAUGCUUCUCUACUGUGGGUCCAAACGCUGAGGCUAAUCACCUUCUACGCAAAACACAUGGACAUGAAUAGUGGUGGUGCAAGAGCAUAGAAGCAUGGAACUUUCUGGAACUGGGUAGCCCAGUUCCUAACACACGCUCCUCCCCAGUGUUCCAAGAUACCUGUGUUUUCUGACUUUGACCAGAGCCUCCGUGUGGCCCAAAGCAUUUUGGUGACUGUAGCAGUUACAGCUACUGCUGCCCCCUCCUGGAAGCUGCCUCCCAGCCCUCUCUUAAGUGCUGCCAGCUUUCUCACCUUCCAGCAGUGUCUGGCUGUUCAUAGUUGCAGAAGGAAGCCACUGUGUGUUUCAUGACAGCUUUCCUCUCUCCUGCAGGAAGCAGCCAGGUCCUGCUGGAGGCGGAGCAGGCAAGCAAGCAGGUGGCAGUGCUGAAGGGCAAAGGGAAGGAGACCUACUGUGAGUGGCUGUUGCAGCUGCCAGAAUCCAUAGCUGUUACAGUUGCCCAGAGGCUUCUGACCAAGGGAGGCUUGUUCAGUCUUCUGAAUGAACCUGCCUAUAGAAAUGGAUCUCCAUCUGAGAAACAUUGGCAUAGAAGUUAGUCAUAAAAGCAGCCAAGUUUCUAAUGGGAGUGGUAUACAGCACACUGGGCAGGGUUUCUUGAUGGCUUAGUCCGUGCUCCGCACGAGCAGUCUGUGCAAACGCUGAUCUUGAAUAGCAGAUCUGGUGGCAAGUGAGAAUCAUGUCCUGUGCUCAUCUGCCCUUGCAGUUGACAAGGUGGCUGCUCUGCUCGGGGGGGGGGGGGAAGAAGCCUGUGUCUUGCAGGUACCAGCGAUGCGGUGCUCCUGGGGAAGCUGCCCUUUGGAGAGGUCUCAAUGAUCCUCCCGAGGGCCUGCUAGCCCACAAAACGUACUGGACCAGGAGGCCAAAUGUCAAAGCUAGCUAUGUUCUAUAUUUCACUUGGUUGUAUUCACCUGCCUAAAGACUAGACCCAGGAGGGGUUUCCAAAGGUGUUAUGUGCACUGGGCUGCCAAACACUUGGAUGUGGAGGUUGAGGACAUCUGCAGCUCCACCUGCAUCUGGCCUUGAAACCAGGACGCUAUUACGCUGCGCCUAACUCUGGGCUGUCAAGAGGAGCCCAUAGCUAAGUGUCUGAGGAGAAUGUGGGUUGGGAAGGGGGCCCCUGGGCCCACCUUGAAUAGCCAGCAGGUGGGCUGGGGAGAGGCAGAACUUGGUAGCUGAGAGCCAACAUCCCUGUCGAGGAGGCAACUCCCGGAAGGGCCUCGUGUCCAGGUGGGACUGGGAGGAAGUGCCAGGCUCUGACUCAUCAUAACUCUUAGGUUAGUUUUUAUUCUUAAUUUUCUUGGUUGUGCAAUAUUCUCUCCUUUUUAAAUUAUACUACAUCUCCCUGGACUGUUUUCUAGCUGGGGCGAAUAAGUGACUCUAACAGCUGUUAGUUUUGUAAUGAUGACUUUCUCCUGAACCUUUUACAGACUUGCCGUUAACAGCUAUUAAAGGAGUUCCACAGAAAUUGCCUGCC